AUGCAGGUUCAGCUGCAGAUCAAUUUCUCAUCUCAUUUCCAUCAAAAUUUGAACACGAAUGAAUCAGAACGAAGCCCUGAACCAGCCAAGUAUCAUGGAUGGGCAGGCGCCUGUCCUGGUUAUGACCAGAAACCAACGAGGAAGAACCAACUCAGGGCACCUAUGAACAGGCUGAUUUUCUCCGUGAUCAGCUGGUAUUUGUGGACGAGUCAGCAUGUGAUAAACGUGCGGGAUUUAGAUGAACAGGCUGGUCACCUCUGCGUGUGGCACCAAUCGAAGUAUGCAAAUUUCAUCGUGACCGACUCUAUCAAAUUUUGCCUGCGUAUGCCCAUAAUGGUAUCAUUCUUUCUCGUAUCUUUCAGGGUUCAACAGACGCUACAAUGUUCGAGGAUUUUAUUGAGCGGCUCCUCGAACACCGGGAAAUGGCCGAAGUCAAAGUCUAUUCUUGUUAUGGACAACGCAUUUUUUCAUCACUCGGAUCGAAUAGAAGAGAUGUGCUUGAGAGCAGGAGUUAAACUUGUCUAUAGUAUUUGCCACCAUACUCCCCGGAUUCGAACCCCAUUGAAGAGUUUUUUUGCUGAAUUUAAGGCUUUCGUCAGGCGCAACUGGCAAGUCCAUGUGAAGGAUCCACACCAAGAGAGUUUUCUGGAAUGGAAUAAUGAAGUGGAAAAGUUGUUGGCACAGGUCAUGACGACCCAGAAACAGGUGCUAGGGCCUGAGCAUCCCUCAACUCUGGAAGCAGAAGAGCUGCAGGUACAGGUGAUGGAGACCCGGAAACAGGUGCUAGGGCCUAGGCAUUCUGUACCUCGCCCCACUCUUAAACGACUGCAACGGGGAACAUCCUACAGGACAUCAGAGAUGCCGAACACCUCUGAACCUGAACGCAUCCCAAUAAUGAUAACCACACUCCGUCUACUACAGUUGAACAUCUGGAAAUCCAGGGCAGGAAUGGAAGCCCUUAUCAAUGACCACCAAAGCUAG